AUGUACCUCGUGUGGGAGAACUUCGCGUCCCAAGUUCAAGAGGGUCUCCUGGGUCGUGGGAACAACGUGAGGUGGUCCGGCGUCGUCACGCAGCAUCAGCAUGACUUGUCUGCCUCCCUGAUUGACCAACUUCUUCGCUCGGUUUGUUCAAUUGUCGGCUGCAGCGUCGUGCAGCCACCGUCUGGUCACCAGUUUCCGAGACGUCGCAACAAAGUACAUCCAUGA